UAUAAUAAACAACCAGCCUGUGGAGAGACUGAUAAAUUGCUGUUUUUCAUCGUGAUUUAAGAGUAAAGGAGUUUCACACGUAUUAAUGAACCACAUUGUUGUAUCACAACAAGCGGAGUCAACUGUCGAUAUUUUAAGCAAUACAAACUACAGAAAAUUAUGCCGUAAACUACUGGUGUGCCCCACCGAGGAACGGCUGUGCAAUACAUGUAUGCGAUGAUCUAGUUCAUGACCUCUACCACAAACAUGGCGCUGUCAAAGGUAUCGGAUGCGAUUGUAGACCUUCCCGUGAGUGUGAAGGCUGUGGGCGUCGCUGUGCUCGCAGGGGCAACGCUGGCUGUUGUUUGGAGGGGACUUGGGGCCCGUCAAAGCAACAGGAAGGUAUACCCUCGGGGUACAAUUGUUAUCCAUCAGAUGGGACGCGGUCCGCACGUGCCCAGUCUCACGCCCUUUGCCAUUAAGUUAGAGACGUACUUCCGGAUGGAGGGCAUUCCCUACCAGACAGAACACAAUAUGUAUAGGGCAAGUAAGAAAACAGGAAAAAUCCCUUUUAUGAUAUACAAUGAUGAAGAAUUACCAGAUAGCGAGUUUAUCCUGGAGUUUCUGAGGAAGGAAAAGAACUUUGACUUGCACAAAGGUCUCACAGAUGAACAGAUCGGAAUCGGCAGGGCCUUCCAGCGAAUGGCAGAGGAAAAUACUUACUGGUGCUUUGUGAUUGAUCGAUGGGUUCUUGACGAAACCAAUAAAGCCUGGGAAACGUUUAAUGUCUCUGCAAUUAUAAGGUAUUUAGCGAAGCGUGGCAUUAGGAAGCAACUGUAUGCACAGGGUAUGGGCCGGCACACACCAGAGGAAAUACGUCACAUCAUGUCAGACGAUCUUAAGGCACUCUCCCACUAUAUUGGAUCGAAAAAGUUUCUGUUCGGCGACAAAGCGUGCAAAUUUGACUGUGCUAUCUUUGGAAUCCUGGCUGAGAUAAGAUGGGCGUCAUUCGGCGGGUUUGGAACAUCCGUCAUAAAGGAGUAUCCUAACCUAUGCGACUACUGUGAACGAAUGAAGGCAACGUUCUGGCCGGACUGGGAGGAGAUGAUACAGAGAGACUGUACCAAGUAGACGAGAUUUUUUCACUCACUCAUAACCGGACAAAUGCUUUGGAAGAAACAUGGAAGUAGAACGUUUCUUGUUUGUUUAAAUGAUGUUGUGAGAAAUAUUAGGCUGAUCGCUGAACAUUAACGGCAAUACACAGACUAUGACCCCUUUCGCGUAUCCAAACCUGAAAAAUACGACAGGCGCAUAUCUGGACCGAGGCUGCCCUAGGGAGUAUUCGGCACGUGUAGAAGUGCCUGACCAAAACUAAACUGCUGACUAUUGCUAGUUUGCGUUAUUUUUUCUAUAAAACAAUGUCAAUCCAGAUGCAGAUUUUAAGAUACGUUUUAUAAUUGGAAGCGUGAAAGAAGGUCAUAUUAUUCUUGAUAAAUUGUUAUUUAUUUUCCGAAACUGUGCAUGUUUAGCUCGGUCCAAGCACAGGAGCAAGGAUCGCUUUACUUGUACUAUUAAAAAAAGGGGUCUCCUAUACUAAUGUAUUUUUUAAUAUAGGAGGCCCCUAUUUUUCAAUAUUACAAGUAAAGCGAGCCAUGCCCCUGUGGGUCCAAGUGCGUUCGUUAAUCGUGAUACGCGAAUGCAACCUACAUGUAUCUGUUAGAAUAAAAUAUGUAAAGUGAAAUAAAUAUCUUUUUGUACAUUU